AUGUACAUGGGGAACGGUUUGCCCAGCAGCAGCUCCAGACAGUUGCAUGAGGACAAUGCCUUGGGCAUCCAAACCGACUUCAAUGGCUUUUGCUACUUUUUGUACCACUUGAAUGAACGUGCAGAAGAAGUUGUGGCAAAAAUUAAAGCAGGAACAAGCUUUGCAGCAGCUGCGGCUCAAUACUCUGAAGAUACUGCAUCUAAAGCGAAUGGUGGUGCUUUAGCAGUUUAUAACAAAGGCACUUUUGGUGAUGCUUUUGACCAAGCUGUAGCAUCGCUUAAAUCAGGUCAAGUGUCAGCGCCUGUAAAAACUGAAUUUGGUUACCAUGUCAUUGAAACUGAUGCGCCAGCUGUGAAGUUGCCAUCUUUUGAAAAUGAAAAAGCACGUUUGACUGCGGAAGUUCAAAAGAAUAAAACAGCCAAUGCAUUCUCUGAUACUGUAAACAGUUUAAAUGAACUGGUUGUAGACUCAGAUGCUUUAGACGUGGUGUCUCAAGAAGUUAAAGGUGUACAAGUUCAAACUGUGAAAGGCAUGACCUUAUCUACACAGCAUCCUGUAUUAAGUAAUGCUGCGGUGAAAGUGAAACUGUUUAAUGAUGACGUUAAAAACGGUGAUCGUAACGCGACCAGCAGCAUUCAACUUCCAAAUGGGGAUGUGGUUUGGGCAAAAGUACGUGAUUAUCAUGCGGCAGGUGUCCAAACGCUUCAAGAAGCAACACCACGUGUGAAAGCAAAAUUGGUUGAACAAAAAGCUUAUGAUGCUGCUAAAGCUAAAAUUGCUCAAAGUUUAAAAGACUUUAAAACUCAACCAGCAGCAUCAGUUGUUGCCAAGAGCGGUUUGACCUUUACUGCACCGCAAGUGUUUAUUCGUUCACAAGGCUUACCACGUGCAGUUGAGCGUGCGGCGUUUAGCCAAGCGGCACCAAAAGCAGGACAGUGGUCUGUAACAACAGCAUUAUUGCCAACAGAAAUGGUGGUGGUCGCAGUAUCAAAUGUAAACAAGACGACGUCUAGUGCGUUGACGGAUGAGCAGUUGGCUGAGCUUUCGAAGUUAUAUCAACAACUUCGUGGUCAGCAAGAAGCUGAAGAUUAU